AUGUCUAGCAUAGACAACCUUCCCAACGGAAUCAUAUGCACACCGGAGCAAUAUGCGAUCUCCACCAGCUUGUCGUCAAUCCACACUACUUUGCACUGUUUAACGCGAGGGGAGAGCAUCGGACUCACGAUUGUCUCUCAGGCGGGCAUCAUUUCGUUGGUCGCAGUUGUAUAUGUAUGGACAAUUAUCAUUUUUUCACUAUUUGCCGCCGAUGUUCUGCAAGCCAUUGGUGCCGUUAUGGACGUGAAGUGGGUGCACGAUGGCAGGGUGCAGAUUGGCCGUUUCUGUGAUGCGCAAGGAAUCGUGCAGCAACUUGGGGAAACAGGGGUUGCUAUUGCAACACUCACAAUUGCGGCAUAUACCUUUGUCGGAGUAUGGCUCGGGAAAGGUGUACGGUCAUUGAGGGUGGCCACAGUAGUUGUAUCGACUACCUGGCUUUUUGUGGUUCUGAUAGUUAUUCUUGGGAAUACAGUUAAUCGAGGAGCAGGAAAAUCCAGAUUUCAGGCCCCGACACCGUAUUGGUGUUGGAUCAGCAAGGACUACCUACAGCUUCGAAUAUGGGGCGAAUAUUUCUGGUUUUGGGUCACUCUUCUUUUUUCGAUUGUAGUCUAUGUCCCGUUAUACUUGUGGAGUCGCGGCAACAUUACAUUCGACGAUCACUCUUGGUGGAAGCUUCAUUGGCAUCGCGCAGAUGAAAAUACAGAUCCCGCGCUCACGGGUAUACGACGACGAUCUUUGAUUAUGCUCCUGUAUCCUUUGGUAUACUGCAUGCUAAUACUUCCCCUAAGCGUUGUGCGUUGGAUCGGAUUUGUUCAAGAGCGAGGCGGAGGAGAGAAUAAGAUUUCAGCUACGGCUACACUAGCUGUAACUGCUAUCUAUGGCCUCAGCGGCGCGUCCAACGUAGUUUUGCUGCUCACAACACGACCGGAGUCUGUCCUCUUUGGGAAACAUCCGUAUGUGUCGGUUAUGAGGGCACCGUCACCUGUGCUUUCGACGAAUCAUGAUGAAAGGUCAGAGUCUGGGUAUGAAUCAGGUCGACAGAGAGCUAGCAAGGAUAGAAGUAGGGAAGCAGGGGAAGAGGAGGUAGAGGAAGUCGAGCUUGGCAGAUUGCCUUCGAGGUAA